UUACACUCUUUUACAGGCAGCCGUUUGAAAAGUCAAGCAAAGCGCGACGCGACGCGAAACGCCGCGAUUGACGCAGUUGCGGACAGCAUCGUUGUGACCUCGGAGGACGCCUGCCCUCGGGAUUCCAGCAUGCGUAAAUCAGACUGGCCACGAAAGCUAACAGCGAAAGGAAUGGAGAACUUGUCCGGUAAUGUUGGGAUAGUAAUGCAAGCCCUGAUCCGCGAAGUAUGCGACGAAACAAUGAAACAGAUGGCGAAGGCGCAGCAGGAAACCGUCAAGGAAAUCACGACUUCUCACGAGAGAAUCAUUGGGACUCUGUGGAAUGCCUGGAAAAAGGAGCAGCAGGCGCUCGAGCAAAUGAUCGAAGGCCAGGUAAAAGCGAUCAGGCAGCUGCAACAGGAUUGACGAGCUCAAACGAAUGCAGCAGCACGCCUCACGCGAUAUCGAGCCCCUGCAAGUGCAGGCCACCGAAGAGAUCAAACACAUCCACGAGAAAUUAGAUUCAAGCAGCUCUAGCCA